GCUGUGGUGAGUGCUGUGAUCAGUGGAUCAGUCAACACAUCCAUCGCAUCCAUCCCUACGAUGAUGGAAGUGGUGGGUGAGUACGAGUACUCGCACAAAGACCUGAUUGGCCAUGGUGCGUUCGCCGUGGUGUUCAAGGGUCGUCAUCGACACCAUCGCCAGUCGGUGGCCAUCAAAUCCAUCACCAAAAAGAAUCUGCAGAGGAGUCAGAAUCUGUUGGGCAAAGAGAUCAAGAUAUUGUCAGAGUUGACGCAACUGCACCAUGAUCAUGUGGUCGCCCUCCUCGACUGCAAGGACACCCAAACCCACGUCUUUCUGGUGAUGGAGUACUGCAAUGGCGGAGAUCUCGCAGACUAUCUUCAGUCGAAGGGAACCCUCUCUGAAGACACGAUACGCCUGUUCUUCAAGCAAAUCGCCGGCGCUAUGAAAGCCCUCAACGCUAAGGGUAUUGUCCACAGAGACCUCAAGCCUCAGAAUAUCCUUCUCUGUCACGAGAAUCCCAAUCCGAUGGCCACCGAAAUCAAGCUAAAGAUCGCCGACUUUGGCUUCGCCCGAUUCCUCGAGGACGGAGUGAUGGCC